UCCGAUGCGUAUUGCUGCCGUAGCGUGUUGCUUUAGUUUAUCCAGUGAUGGUUUAUUAUGUUGUGUAUUAAAGUCCUCUCUGUGCUGAAGAAGACAUGAAGCGCUCGUUCGGUCGGGAUUUAAGCGGGGGUCUGGAGAACGUUCCCGUUUUGAUAGAGACCAGUGAGCCCGAGGACGCGUUCCCCAAAUUCCAGUACAGUCCAGAGAACAUUCAGGGUCCAGGCUGUGACAUUGACCCGAGCGAAGUGACCCUCCCUGGUUGCUCCUGCCGCUCGCAGUCCUGCCUGCCGGACAGCUGCCCGUGCUUGUGCUUCGGGCAGGCCUACACCAGCGAGGGCUGUUUGGUGGAGCAGCGAGAAGAGGAGGCCAGCCUGGGCUACAACCAGCCUGUGUUUGAGUGUAACGUCCUGUGUGAGUGCAGCGAGGCCUGCCAAUCCCGCCUGGUCCAAAACGGGGUGCGUGUACGUCUGGGAGUGUUUCGUACUCAGGACCGCGGCUGGGGGGUUUUGGCUCUGGAAGCGAUCCCACAAGGCUGCUUCGUUUGUGAGUACGCUGGGGAGGUGAUCGGCUUCCAGGAGGCCCGGAGGAGGCAGCUGUCCCAAACCGCUGAGCACAUGAACUACAUCAUCGCCGUCCAGGAGCACGGGGGCAGGCAGCAGCUUAGCCGGACAUUUGUGGACCCGGCCGCUGUGGGCAACGUGGGUCGCUUUCUGAACCACUCAUGCCAGCCUAACCUGGUGAUGGUGCCCGUGCGUGUGCACUCGCUGGUGCCCAGGCUGGCGCUGUUCACCAGCCGAGACGUAGAGGCGGGCGAGGAGCUCACCUUCGACUAUGCUGGAGGACACGUCACCAGCACGCAGACACACUCACACAGACUGGGACCUCAGACUGAACCUGGAGCUCCCCAGAGGAAAGUAUGUCUCUGUGGAGCACCGAACUGCACUGGAGUUUUACCUUUAGACAUCUCAGUCCUGCACUAAUAAGACAGAUUUUCCCUCUUUUACAAUUCUGUUCAAAUUAAAGGGGAAUUCCACCAGAAUUUCUGCAUGAUAAAAUCUUUAAUAUGUAAACCAGUCAUUCAGAGUGUUUUGAUGUGAAAAGCUUCAUUCUAGAGAAACUUUCAGUGGUGCUGAUGGGAACCAGACGUCUGAAAGUUCCCUCACAGAAAGUUAUUAUGUUAAAUGGUUACCACUAUGCCGGCCGAUGUCUGAUAGUUUUGAGCAGAUAUGUGCAGGGCGUUUUAUAGCAAAAUAUUCCCCAAAGAAAACUAUUUUUUUUUCAGAUUUAUGAAUAUUUCACCAUCAUCAUCAUUACAUAUAGAACUCAGAAGACACAUGUA